UAUCACGUUCCUUUUCUGUUUGGAGGAGCUUCGGCUGGUGUUUGUCGCUCCGGGCGGCUGCAUCUGUGCGGGAAACGGUCUCAUCGGCUUCCCCGGACUCUGCUGCAGGAACGUCAGCAUGGAAGGUACCUUAGAUGACCCUCCGACUUCCACGGUCGUGUUGGACAGCUACCACUUCUCUCAAGUCAUCUUUACAAAUGUGGAAAAGUUCUAUAUCCCUGGAGCGGAUGUCACUUGCCACUACAACCUUUCUGAGCACAUCACUCCCCGUAGGAAAGACUGGGUGGGCAUUUUCAAGGUAGGAUGGAAGACGACGCGUGAGUAUUAUACGUUCAUGUGGGCGCCGUUGCCAAGCAGCCCCGACAGUGCUGAACAUCAAGAAGUCUUGUUUAAAGCUUACUACUUGCCAAAGGAUGAUGAAUAUUAUCAGUUCUGCUAUGUCGACCAGGAUGGGAUAGUCCGUGGAGCCAGCGUCCCCUUUCAGUUCCAUGUUGCGUCUGAGGAUGACAUGCUGGUGGUUACUACGCAGGGAGAAGUAGAGGAGAUUGAACAGCAAAAUAAAUCUUUGCUUCAAGAAAACCAGAAACUGAAGGAAACUUUAACAAAUCUCCAAAAGCAGAACGAGGACUUACAGGAGCAGAUUGUGAAGGCACAAUUGAUUCUCAUAAGCAACAUCAAGAUUAAAGAAGAGACUAAAAAGCUGUGGACUGAAAAGGAGAAGCUGGAAUACAAGUUGAAAGCUACCCUGGGUUGCGUGGAUCAGCUUCAGUCCCAGGUGCAGAAGGAACAGCAGGAAGUAGAAAAGUACCAAAAGGCAGAUGGUGACAAAGCCGGGCUCCUGGAGCAGCUGAAGGAAGAAAAUAAGCAGUUACAGGCCACCUUGCUUGUAAAGGAACAGGAAGAGAUAAAACUAAGGGAACUGUUUCAGACCGUGAAGAAGAAUACGGACAAAGUGAAAACGAUGACUAAGGUAUUACAGCAGGAGAGCGAGGUUCUGAUGGCACACCGCCAGGAAUUCCUAGAGGAUGCACCUGCUGGGUCCCUCACUCGGUCGUCAGAAAACGCCACUCUUGUGUUCGGGAACCCAUAUUCUGCUCCUGCAGCCCAGGAGCAUGCAGUUGUGUCCAGGUCAGCAACGCAGUACAAGUUCCAAGUAUUACAGCAGGAGAGCGAGGUUCUGAUGGCACACCGCCAGGAAUUCCUAGAGGAUGCACCUGCUGGGUCCCUCACUCGGUCGUCAGAAAACGCCACUCUUGUGUUCGGGAACCCAUAUUCUGGCACCCUAGAGCGUCCUGAUCGAGAUCUGGUCUCCCUGAAACAAUGUCCGAUAUGCAGUGAAGCCUUCCUUCCCGGCUUUGAAGAGCAGUAUUCGGUCCAUGUGCAAAGCCACAUUCUCGACUGCCCAUAUUGUGAGGAGACCUUUGACGCCUCCAACCAGCAAGUGUAUGAUGACCACGUCUACUGCCAUGGCUUAGACUAAGCAGCAGCCCACUGACAGAAUAAUUUGCGAGGGACAGCGGCCUUGUUCUGUUUCUUUGUAGGAUUGGACAGAACAAUUUCUGUAGGGUGUGCUGCUGUCUAAACGUGCCAUGCCAGGGGCGUGGGGGCCUGAAACCUGCUUAUUGGCACUGCGACGUCGAUUCCUUCCUUCCAUCUUGCAGCAUUUUAAUUAAACGAGCACAGUGCUUUUGCUGUGUGAAAGGAUAGGGUUGUCUUCAGUACAUCCUUCUACGGCACGAAUAGCACUAUAGGUUAUUUUCAAAGGGAGGAGCUGUUUUUCUUCCCCUGUGCCUUUCACUACGGAUGCUGAUCUGGCUUCCUCACUGUUUCUGAAUGGCAGAAAUCCCUCUAGCAUAAGAGAGCCCUUGUAAUUUAGUUCUUGUCCAGCUGGGGAAACUGUAGAAAUUCUUCCCUUGCUUGCUUCCUCACCCCUUAGCGUAACCUGGGUACAAUCAUGAACCGGUGCGGCCUUCCCAACUUCCAUCUUCAUGCAGGUUGUAUGAGAGAGGCAGUGGUUGUAAGGGUGGACUUCCUGGUGUUCUGUAGUGGCUGGCUACAGUGCCAAGGUAGGGUUGGGGAGGCCCAGGUUCAGAUCCUUGCUUUGUCAUGAAAACUCUCUGGGUGAUCUUGGGUGAGUCACUCGCUCUCAGCCUAGCCUACCUUGCAGGGUUAUUGUUGUGAGGAUAAAACAGAGGGAUAGAGAAUGAUGUUACAAGCCAGCUUGGGUCCCUGUGGGGUGGAAGAUAGCAGCGAGGUUGGCAUUAGCUGAGUGAAGGGGGGGGGCAUAGAUUUAGUCUCAGUCACAGUCCUAAUUUAAGGUUAUAUGCCUGGAGUCACCCAUGAUUUCACAGGUGCCUGAUGAUUAACUCAAAACUAACUAGGUAUGUCUUGUAUCACCAAAAAGACACUUAGUAAGUGCUACAGUCCUUGUCGGUAAAUAGUUUUCUGGAAGGGCUGUUUUGAGAAAGGCAUAAAGGGUGCUCAUGGGGUCCAGCACUUCAUUUCCCAUGUGGCCUAUUGGCCAGUUCAGUUUCCACAGGCUGCCUUUUCUCCGUCCAGCUUUUGUGUCUGUCGGAGGAACUUGGGCAAGCUGACAGAUUUGCCCCUAACAGUGACAAAGCUGCUAAGGAUUAUCCUACAGGCACCCUUCAUCAGAAAGUUCUCCUACCUCUCACCUGGCUGCGCAGCAUCUGAGCCGUCAGACACAGUUACAAAUCCUGCCGGUUUGUAUGUUGGCCGUAGUUUUCCAGGCAGAAUUCUGUCUUGGGAAGUGAGGCAGUCAAGAUCCCUUUCUUAGAAAUGGCCAUUUUACUGUUCCUCUUGCCACUAAAUGCUGAUAGUUGACUCAGGAAUCAAAGCAAUGACGUAACUGAACUAAUCUUUCAACAGAAACCUUUCUGCCUGCAUAACCGCUUUGGACUUUCAAGGCUUGGUCCAAAUGUUUGACUCACUUUUUUUUAAAAAAAAUGCACAUUCAGGGCAUGUAUACUUAUGGAACUGAACAAGUGCCUCGAACUCUUGCACGGCUUCUGAUGAAAAUGUAUAUGUUCUAAGGAAUAUUCUGAUGCUGACAACCCAUUCUCUAUGCAAGACCAAAAGCUGUAACACGGUUAACUUACCUGUAGGUGUUAUAUUUGUGCAUUGCCGUCCCAAUGAAUGCCUCUAGGGGAAUCCUUUGAUUAUUAAUGAGAUCCUGUUUUCAAGUAUAUUCGGUGUCGCUUUUUCGAAGAAGGGCCUGUAAAAUGUGUUCUUCAAGGCCUAAGGUUUGGGUCAGUUGGCCUCAACAGUUAAAUAA